AAAGAGAUCAGCAGGAGCAGGGGCUACUCUGCAGAGGACAGCCCUACAGACACCCCAGCUCCAGCCUCACUCGUGGCUCUCUCAGCCUCCCCAGCACCAUGAGGGUCCUGGCAGCUGCCCUGGCUGUUCUGCUCCUUGUGGCCAUCUGCUCCCUGGCUGAGGCUGAUCUCAACGUCUCCAGGAGUGCUGCACUUUCCAAGAAGAACGUAGCUGAAGCCUGCUGCGUCUCCUACAUUUCACACCCCAUUCCGCGCAGCAUUAUCAGCUCUGCCUACAUGACCAGCAACCUCUGCGGACAGCCAGGUGUGGUCCUGAUCACCAGGAAGGGGAGGCAGCUGUGUGCAGACCCCAGUGCUGACUGGGUGCAGAAAUACCUGGAGGACUUGAAGCUUCAGGAGUAGUGACUCCUCCCUGCUGCUUCUCCAGGGCAGUGGGCUCAGCCCCCACCACGAGACUGCAGUAAGAGUGCUUGAGCUGCAUCCUUCUUCAAAAGGAAAAAUUAUUACAAUUGGCAUACACUUGUUUAACUAAACUUUGCUUUUGCAUAAAUGCUUGAAUAAAAUGUUUGGCUUGUCAAA